AUGAAACUGAAACUCAAGAAGUUCAAUGACUUGCCCAAGCUGCGGAGCUCCCCGCACCCCUCUCGCCGCCCGAGAAAGGACGGCCGGGCGGCUGCGGUGAGCGCACCGGUGCCCAGCAGGUGGCGCUGCGGCCCGGAGCCCUCCCGGCGGCGCUCCGACACAGGGCGCGGCCACGCAGCCCCCUUCCUUCCGCCCGGGCGGCCCACCCGGCCCGGCUCUGCGCACACAGGACGCUUUGCGCUGGGUUCGUCUCGAUCUCGGGUCCUGGCCCGCGCACCGGGCCGCCCCGCCACAGCGGGCGGCACGGCGCUCCCCGGGGUUCGGGCCCGCGGCUGGGUGAAGGCCGCCAAGAUGGCCCAGAGGCGCCGCCUCGCGGAGGACGCGGGAGGACCCCGGGGUCCUAUGCCCGGGAGCCAGCGCGCAGCACUUUACGUCCACUGGCCCUACUGCGAGAAGCGCUGCAGUUACUGCAACUUCAACAAGUACAUCCCCCGCGGCGUGGACGAGGCUGCUAUGAGACGCUGUCUGGUGAUCGAGGCUCAGACGCUGCUGCAACUCAGUGGGGUGCGGCGAGUGGAGUCUGUGUUCUUUGGUGGGGGUACCCCCAGUCUGGCCAGCCCCCAUACUGUGGCAGCUGUCCUGGAGGCAGUGGCCCAGGCAACUCACUUGCCUGCAGACUCUGAAGUCACAUUGGAGGCCAACCCCACUUCGGCCCCAAGCUCCAGGCUGGCAGCAUUCCGGGCAGCAGGAGUCAACAGGUUGUCCAUUGGCCUCCAGUCCCUAGAUGACACUGAGCUCCAGCUGCUGGGGAGGACACACUCGGCCAGUGAGGCUCUGCAGAUGCUGGCAGAGGCCCGGCGCCACUUCCCGGGGCGGGUUUCUGUGGACCUGAUGCUGGGGCUGCCGGCACAGCACGUGGGGCCGUGGCUUGGGCAGCUGCGGAAACUGCUGCGCCUCUGUGAUGACCAUGUGUCCCUCUACCAGCUGUCCCUGGAGCGGGGCACCGCCCUCUUCACCCAGGUGCAGCAGGGCGCCCUUCCUGCCCCUGACCCCGAACUUGCCGCUGAGAUGUACCAGGAGGGACGGGCAGUCCUUCGGGAGGCUGGCUUCCGCCAGUAUGAGGUCUCCAACUUCGCCCGGAAUGGGGCGCUUAGUACCCACAACUGGACUUACUGGCAGUGCGGUCAGUACCUUGGUGUUGGACCUGGAGCCCAUGGGCGAUUUAUACCCCAGGGGGCUGGGGGCCACACCCGAGAGGCUCGGAUCCAGACCCUGGAGCCGGACAGCUGGAUGAAGGAGGUGACACUGUUUGGUCACGGCACCCGGAGGCGCGUCCCCCUGGGCGAGCUGGCGCUUCUGGAGGAAGUCUUGGCCAUGGGACUACGCACAGACGUGGGGAUCACUCACCAGCACUGGCAGCAGUUUGAGUCCCAGCUGACCUUGUGGGACCUGUUUGUAGCUGACGAGGAGGUGCAGGAGCUGCUGGAGCAGGGCCUCUUGCUGCUGGAUCACAGGGGUCUUCGGUGUUCCUGGGAGGGGCUGGCCGUGCUGGACUCUAUGUUGCCGACCCUUCUAUCUCGGCUCCAAGAGGCCUGGCAGCAGAGAACUCCCUCCCCUGUGCCAGGAGGAUAACCACAUGUUCCUGUGUCCCAGUGAAACUGCCGUCUCCACUGGCAGGUGCUGUCCCGGCUCUGGUCACUGCCCGGCCCUGGCAUCCCCAGGGGAAUGGCUACAGUGAGGCAGAUGGGAGGACAUUUCUAGUCUGGGAACUGGCAUCAAGUGUACCCACCACUGCCAGAGAAGGAGUAAUGGUUUCUGUGGGUGCCUCUCAUCAGUAGACUCUAAACAAAUCCUGGCUGGCAAGAGAUUCUGGGAAAUAGAGCUCUCGGGCUUCCUGCUCCUGCAGGACCUGUAUGUCCAGCACAGCAGCCUGCUGGACUCUGAGAACAGUGGGAAAGAUCACAGCAAGCCUUGCCUCUUCUCUUUCGGCAGCCAGGAUAUGUUUGGGUGUCAGGAGCCUCACAGUACUUCCAGAGUGGCCCCCAGUCCCCUCCCCACUGCAGCCUUUUCCCCUGAGAGAGUGAAGGUGGGGGGAGCCAAGAGGGAAAGGGGAGGGGAGAAUUCAGGAAAGAUCAGAGCCUGGUAAUUCUCCCCUGGCCUUAAUAAACCCAUCUGGAGCCUG